AAUGCUGCUUCAGCUGCUGGUUAUUUUUUAUCCAUUAAGGGCAGGGGGUUUGGACAUGGUACGUGUCUCAAUGCCGCCUCAUCUUCUGUUUUUCUAUACAAGAAGUGCUUCACUAGCCGCACUCAGAAUGUUAUCUUCUUCAUCAUCCACAGCCGUUUCACCAAACCCUAAUCUUGCAAUGAAACCCACAUCCGAAUUACCAUCAAAAGCCCCUAUCUUUCCUUUCUUUUCUAAUCCUAAGAUUACCAAUUCCCCUCAAAAUCUUGCACCCUCUAAGUUCUUCUCUGCAGCAAACCCUGUCCCAAUUCUGAAGGCUAAUGCUUCGAGGAUCGAGGAGGAGGUUGAAGGUGGUGGUUUGUGCUUUGACCCACAACUUGUGGUGGUUUCUUUCUAUAAAUUUGCUGAUUUCCCCGACCAUGCUGAUUUGAGGAAACCAUUAAAGCAACUUUGUGAGCAACUGCGUGUUUCAGGUGGUAUUAUUCUUGCACCUGAAGGAAUCAAUGGCAGCAUAUGUGGUAUGCGGGAUUCGGUGAAAAGUGUUCUUGCAUUCAUUCAAAGUGAUGAGCGUCUGAAUGGGCUUAGAUUGGUUGAGUCGCCCGUGAGCCCUGAGGAAGAGGCUCUUCAUCAUGGACAUACGAGCAGCUCUCCUCUUGCAGCGGGUGAGGAUGCUCCCUUUAGGUGGGAUCACGUGAGGGUGAAACUCAAAAAAGAGAUUGUUACACUUGGAAUGCCUUCUCUUUCACCCAUUGAAAGAAUUGGCAAGUACAUUAAACCGGCGGAUUGGAAUGCAUUGAUUAGUGAUCCAGAUGUUGUUGUGGUUGAUGUUCGCAAUGACUAUGAAAUUAGAGUCGGGAAGUUCAAAGGGGCAGUUAAUCCUUGUACUACAGCAUUCCGGGAUUUUCCAUCAUGGGUGGAAGAUCAUUUUAAACUUGCUGAUUCAGGAGACAAGUUGGAGUCUUCUGGUUCUGCUGGAACAUCAGAUAAGCUGACAAAGGAAAAAGGAAACAAAAAGGUUCCCCGAGUUGCAAUGUACUGUACAGGUGGAAUUCGAUGCGAGAAAGCUUCAAGUUUUCUCCUCAGUAAAGGUUUUGAUGAGGUUUAUCAUCUAGAAGGUGGGAUUUUAAGGUACCUGGAGGAAGUUCCCAAGACAGAGAGCCUUUGGGAGGGGGAAUGCUUUGUGUUUGACAAGCGAGUUUCUGUUGAACAUGGUUUGGUGCAGGGAACAUUCAAACUUUGCUAUGGAUGCAAGAAACCAGUGAGUGAUGCUGAUAUGGAAUCCCCAGAAUGGGAGUAUGCCGUCUCUUGUCCAUACUGCUUUGCAUUGAAAUCUGAGGAAGAAAAGGAGAGGGCACGCGCUCGACAAAGGCAGUUCGAGAAAUGGGGUAUCAUUGGUGGUCCAGACAAGGGCCGCAGACCAGCAAAGACGGUGGAUAUCAAUGGGCAUUCUGCUACUCAGAUGUCAAAAUCGUUAUAGCGGUAUUGACAUCCUAAGAAUUGGGACUUCUUUUGUACCAUUUUUCUUUUUGAGUACGAUUUUCUAUUUUUUGUAGGACCUAAAGUAACAUUUCUAUGAAUGGCAGCAUUUCUGGUAA